AUGAGAGGCUUAUUUAUGUUAUCAACUAAAGAGCUUAGCUCACAAACAGAUACUAAUAAUAAACUUGAUUCUCCCAGUACGCCUAUCACGCCCACCACACCUUCUACUCCCAACACAACUUCAAAGAUGUUUAGAUUUUUUUUUUGGAAUUCACCUAAAAUUGAAAAAUAUUCAGUGGAAAAUAUCAACGAAUUACUCUUGGAUUAUUCUAAACGUGGAAAUGAUGCGGGUCUGAUAGAAUCAUUGAGGGAAUUAACUCAAGUUCUAGUUUGGGGUAUGCGUUAA